AUGCAGAACCGCUGGUUCUCCGGUAGUCGUGCUUCCGCCCGGAAUCUUCCGUUUCUCACCGCUGGUGAAGGUCUCCCACCCCCUCCCCUAGUCCCUCCCGACCCCCCUGACCCAUCUGCCUCUCUCUCCAUUGCUCAAUUCCCUCCCCUCACCCCACCAGUUACCCAAGCAAAAGGAUCUACUCUACGAACUGUGCCUCCAAAGGCGCCUGUAGUCAAGAGAUCCAAUGCUUCUACUCCAACUACUGAUGUUGUAAAGACUCAGUCAAACCAAGCUGCUCCAGCUGGAGCGAAAACUGGUCCAGAAAUUCCUAGAUCUGAAAACACUGUUCAAAACUUCACAGCUACUAUUCACACUGUCGCCAACAAGAAGAUGAGUAGUCCAGUGGAUGAGAAUGUCACAACUGAUGUCCCGAUGCCUCAGGUAGAAGGUGAAAACCAUCCUAAUCCCUCAGUUACUGUUCCCAAAACCCUAACUAGUCAUGAAAACCUAAUUACCCUACCUCCCAAAAAACCAUCCCCGAUUCAAACUAACAAAGCCACUUCAAACUCUAUCCCUACUCCCACUGAAACGCGUUCUACCAUUUCCAGUUCACAGAAACCCGAACCCCAACCUUCAAACAAACAGACUGGAGCCCAAGCAGAAAAAGCUACUCCUACCCUUGCUGAAAAGUUAAGGCACUUCGCCGAAAAGUCUCUGACAAGAUUAACCCCGGUAGCUUACUCAGAAAAGGGUACACCGAAAGUACUAAUCCCAUAUGAGGUAUUCCAAGAAGGAGCAUAA